UCUCUCUUAAGUAAUUAAAAUGUUCAGAAGAUUUGUAUUGGUUUUAGUGGUUCUUUUAGCCGCAAUGUUCUUAGCGGGCUACACCACGGUCGGACACAGUGUUCUAACUAUAGAUAAGGUUGUUUCUGCGCACCACCACCAGGUGGGACACAUAGUUCUAACUAUAGUUAAGGUUGUUUCUGCGCACCUCCACCAGGUCGGACACAGAAUUCUUACUAUAGAUAAGGUCGUUUCUACGCACCAACACCACCACCACGCCGAGGAGCCGUUGCCGCUCAGAUAUCGUGAUCAUAUCUUGUUUGGAGGCAUUCCAAAGAUCACGCUCUCGGGAACAUUCCGUGACCCCUAUAUUGGCGGGUUAUAUUACACAACAAUUAGACUUGGGUCUCCUCCAAGGAAAUUACAUGUUCAGAUUGAUACGGGAACUAAUAAUAUGUGGGUGAAUUGCAAGCCCUGUCCGGACUGCCCUGGGAAGUCUAAGCUCGGGUUUAGGUCCAACCUCUUUGAUCCAGAUGCAUCACUUCAGUGGACGUCCACGUGACAUUCAGCUUAUGAGUUUUAGAGUUUAUGUUAUAUCUUUCGGUUAUGUUAAUAUUAAUUUAAGUUAUUUCUUAUGACCCACCCAGUCUAAGGGAUUAGUAAUACCUAUAAUGUAGCUC